AUGUCGGCUCCCAACAGACCGGGACUGGCUGUCAAGAGACCAACAAUGCGUCCGCCGACUUCUAUGCGCCCGCCGCCCUCGCGCACUCCCUCACGCGCCCAAACAGCUACUCCCAGCCUCAGCGGAAGACCCUCAGAAAUGCCCCCAUCGCCCGCACAAUCGGUCCAGGGUGGGAAGAGAAAGGAACGCGACUUCGAUCACCAGGAUCAGGACCACGAGACAAACAUCAAUGUAGUUGUGCGCUGCAGAGGUCGCAAUGACCGCGAGUUGCGCGAAAACAGCGGCGUUGUUGUCAAGACCGAGGGUGUCAAGGGCAAGAAUGUCGAGCUCUCCAUGGGGCCCAGCGCCCUCAGCAACAAGACAUAUCAGUUUGAUAAGGUAUUUUCGCCUGCUGCAGAUCAGGCCAUGCUCUUUGACGACGUCGUCGAACCCAUCCUCGACGAGGUGAGAAAGCCCCAUCAAUAUAUGCCACAUUCCCAAUUUUCUGACUUUUCANNGGUCCUCGGCGGUUUCAACUGCACCAUUUUCGCAUACGGCCAAACAGGCACAGGAAAGACGUAUACCAUGUCUGGCGACAUUACCGAUAUGCAACCCUUACCCGACGCCGCUGGUAUCAUUCCCAGAGUCCUGUACUCCCUGUUCAACAAGCUUGGAGAGGACAACGAAAGCUCUGUCAAGUGUUCGUUCAUCGAGCUUUACAACGAAGAGUUGCGCGAUCUCCUGUCUACUGAGGACCACGCAAAACUGAAAAUUUACGACGACAACAGCAAGAAGGGCCAAACAACCACUCUGGUCCAAGGCAUGGAGGAGUCACACAUCAAAACCGCGUCAAAAGGUCUCGAGCUUCUUAGGAGUGGCAGUCACAAGCGACAGGUUGCCGCCACAAAGUGCAACGACCUCAGUUCUCGCAGUCAUACUGUUUUCACAAUCACCGUCUACAUGAAGCGCACCACUGAGACUGGCGAGGAUUUUGUCAGCGCUGGAAAACUCAACUUGGUCGAUUUGGCUGGUAGCGAGAACAUUCAGCGCAGUGGAGCCGAAAACAAGCGUGCUGCAGAGGCCGGUCUCAUCAACAAGAGUUUGCUCACUCUCGGUCGCGUUAUUAACGCGCUCGUUGAAAAGAGCUCUCACAUCCCCUACAGAGAGUCCAAGCUCACCCGCCUUCUACAAGACUCUCUUGGAGGUCGUACCAAAACCUGCAUCAUUGCCACACUUUCACCAGCAAAGAGCAAUCUGGAGGAAACAAUAUCAACUCUGGACUAUGCUUUCCGCGCAAAGAAUAUCCGCAACAAACCUCAGAUCAACCAGAUGGUCACAAAGAAGACUUUGCUCAAAGAAUUCACCAUGGAGAUCGAAAAACUGAAGAGCGAACUCAUUGCAACUCGUCAGCGCAACGGUGUCUAUCUCACUCAGGAGGCUUACGAAGAAAUUAGCGUCGAGAGCGAGUCAAGACGUAUCCUCUGCGAUGAACAGAAGGACAAGAUUGAAACCAUGGAAACCAAUUUGCGUAACAAAGUUCAAGAACUUUUCAGUCUGACCACUAACUUCAAUGGACUGAGAAAAGAGAACGAACAAGCAAAGUUGAUGCUCGAUGGAACCAAGAGCCUUCUCGAGAAGACUGAAGUCGUGCUCACUCACACCAAGCGUAGUUUGAUUGAGGAGACAUUCAUCAGAAAAGCUCACCAGAAGACGGAAUCUAAACUCGCUGGCAUUGGAGAAGAUCUACUUGCAACACUUUCUUCCACGACCACAGAUAUUUCUGGCCUCCACUCGAAAAUCCAGCGCAAGGCAGACUUGCACUCACUCAACCGAGAAAACUGGACUUCGUCGAGGAGCAGAAUCACAGAUACAACCAGCACGGUCGAGGAUAGAGUAGAGACUCUCAGACAACGCCAGGAACAGCUUCUUACCUCCAUGUCUACGAGAAUGCAAGGUUUCGUUGCGGACGAGCUGCAGGAGCUCCAACAAUCCCAGAGAUUCUUGCAAGAGAAGGCCGAAGCAUUCCAGAGAUCCGAGAAGGAAGUCAACAUCCAAACCGCAAAGGCCAAAGACGACGUCAAUGAAGUACUCGAGGAGAUUAAGAUACUCCGUGAGGACGUCAAGCAGAAUGUCGGAAAUGGCUUGAACGAUCUGUCUGCUGCUGCUCAACGCAUCACUGCUGGUAUUUCUACCGAGCUUGAGAACUUCCACACUCAGCUCCAUGCAUCAUACGUUUCGCUAGGCAGAGAGUUCAAAUCGAUCUUCGACGAUGUCGUCAAGCAACUGAGCGAACAACAAGCCGAGUCUGAACGCUUGCGACAGCAAAUCCUAACUGCCAACUCAACAUUCAUGGAGGCUGGUCAGGAAUCUCGUCAAACGUUCGAAGAAGCUAUGGAAGAGGAGCGUCGUCGCGCUGCUGCUGACCGGGAGAAGAUGCUGUCUCAAAUCAGCUCUAUGAUCACGACUUCCGCUGAAGCUCAGGAGCGCAGGAUUACCGAGCAUAUUGCGCAUGCAUCCAAGCGCGUUAAGACUUCUGAGGAUGACUACAGUGUCGCUCGCGAGACUUACAACGAAAACUCCGAUGCCUUGAUCACAAAAUCAAAGUCACUGAUCGAUUCCUGUGUUCGCUCGCGCGAAAACGUCAAAGCAAAGAUUAAGGGAGAUUGGAAUGCGGCCAACGACCAGACUGAAAAGAUCAAAGCCACCACCGAAGUCGUCCAUGGCGAGACCGUUCGCAUUGUCGACGAACAGAUGUCCAACAUGGACACUCAACUUAUUUCUCUCGAUGAGAUCGUGUCUCGUAUCCGUGCUCAGAACGACACUCAUCACACCGCUCAUACAGCCUCGCUCGCUCAACUCUCGAGCGAUGUACAGCAAUCAUACUCGAAUAUCGGAGCCCACAUGGAGACAUCCUACACGCGCACACAAGGACUCGACACCGAUAUGCAAGGUCGCACCGCAGACCUCGCAUCUACCCUUCCCGAGCUUAGCUCGUCUGGUGAAAUUGUUCAGACUCUGCACACUCUGCGUGAUGAGGUGAACGCUACUGAGCUCACUGAAUACGUUCCCACCGGUCAAACCCCAGCCAAGAUUGCCUACAGCUAUCCCACAAACUUGCCACGAACCGCUAACCACGAAUCUUUGCUUGAGCGGCUGCGCAAUGGCAAUUCUUCAGUCGAAGAAAGUCCAGUCAAAGAAUCACAGAUCCGUAGCAGUCCCAGAAAGCGGGAGGGUCACUCUCCUUCGAAGAGCAUUGUUUACACAGACAGCCCUGCUACCAAUGGCAUCACUGAUAUCUCGUCCGACGCGGUAGACAACAGCGAUGCCGCCCGCAAUCGCCCUCACAGUUUGCCUGGACAGGUCGGACUACGAGAAAUUGAUGUCAACGUCAAUGCAGCUUCGUUGCCCUUCUCUGCCGAGCACCCUGAAUCCAGAAUAGGUGUGCUCAAGAGAGGCAACACUAUGCCUCAACUCGAUGCCAAUGCCAGAGUCGACAGCAAGUUGCCUAUGAAGCGACCAACUCGUAUGACAGCUGGCUUGGUUGCCGAAGGUAGAGAGAACCUUGGUCCUGCGGGCGGUGCAGGCAGUCGAAGAUUGAGACCUCGUGGUAGUGACUGA